AUGCAAGUAUGUGCCAGCGGGACGCAUUCGGACCCAGUGCCGCACGGCGUCGUGCUCGUGAAGUUCGGCGGGUCCGCCAUCACGGUGAAGAGCACGCCCGACACGCUGCGCCAGGAGGCGCUCGACAGCGCCGCGGACCUCGUCGCCAAGGCGUACCGGGCCCACGCCGCGGGCGCAGGCCCCAUGCCGCUCGUCGUCCACGGCGCCGGCUCCUUCGGCCACCAGCUGGCCUCGCAGUACGGCGUGGCCAAGGGCGGCCUGCACACGGAGCCGCGGGUCAAGGAGGGGCUCGCGCGGACGCGCGUGUCCGUCGCGAAGCUGAACGUGAUCGUGACCAGCCACCUCGUGGAGCGGGGCGUCCCGGCGGUGAGCCUGCCGCCGAUGGGGGUGUGGGAGACCGCGUCAGGCGCGCUGCCCGCGUCCGACGCUGACGUGGCGGGCAUCGCGCAGGUGGCGCGCGUGGCGCGCGCGGGGCUGGUCCCUGUGCUCUACGGCGAUUGCAUCCUCGACGCGGACCCCGCGUGGGGGUGUUCUGUGCUGUCGGGCGACACGAUCAUCACGCGGCUGGCAUCGGGGCUGCCGGAGGUGCGGUGGGCGGCGUUCCUGACGGACGUGGACGGCGUGCUGGAUAGGCCGCCGAACGAGGAGGGGGCGAGCGUGGUGCGCAGGGUGGUGGUGCAGAGCGACGGGUCGUGGUCCGCGGACGGCGCGGACAUUCGCAUGGAGGCGGCGGCGCACGACGUCUCGGGCGGCAUCGCAGGCAAGGUGGCCGAGGCGGCGGCAAUGGCGCGGGCCGGGACGCCGGUGAUGAUUGCGCGUUGGGGCACGGAGGCGGCGGAGGUGGCGCUGAUGGGCGGGCCGGACGCGACGGAGGCGGCGGGCGACGCGUGGGUGGGGACGGCGGUGCUGCGGAGCUCGUGA